AUGUCUAAACGAAACUCGACCAGACUUGCCAAUGGCGCUGCUUCCGCUGCCGACCAGCCCGUCCCCAGCUACCUCCUCACUGGCAAAGUUGCUCUCGUAACUGGAUCAGGGCGAGGAAUGGGUCGUGAGACUGCUCUCGAACUUGCCCGUCGUGGCGCCGAUGUUGUCGUCAACUACGCCAACUCCUCCAAGGCCGCUGACGAGCUGGUCGACGAGAUCAAGGCUCUCGGCCGCGACGCGAUCGCCGUCAAAGCCAACGUAUCCGAUGUCUCACAGAUCGUCGAUAUGUUCGAGCAGGCCAAGAAGCACUUUGGCAAGCUGGACAUCGUGGUCUCAAACUCGGGUGUCGUUUCCUUCGGCCACUUGAAGGACGUCACCCCGGAAGAGUUCGACCGUGUCUUCAACAUUAACACCCGAGGCCAAUUCUUCGUGGCCCGGGAAGCCUACAAGAACCUCGAGGUCGGUGGCCGCAUCAUCCUGAUGGGUUCCAUCACCGGCCAGGCCAAGGGUGUCCCCAAGCACGCCGUUUACUCGGGCUCAAAGGGUGCCAUUGAGACCUUUGUCCGCUGCAUGGCUAUCGACUGCGGUGACAAGAAGAUCACCGUCAACGCCGUUGCUCCCGGUGGUAUCAAGACCGAUAUGUACCACGCCGUCUGCAGAGAGUACAUUCCCAACGGCAUGAACCUGUCGGAUGACCAGGUCGACGAGUACGCCGCCACAUGGUCGCCCAUGAACCGUGUCGGCCAGCCCAUUGAUGUUGCCCGUGUCACCUGCUUCCUUGCCUCCCAAGACGGCGAGUGGGUGAAUGGCAAGGUCAUCGGCAUUGACGGUGCUGCCUGCAUGUAA